UAUUGCUGCAUAUACUUUGGCAGUAUUAGAGUUAGUUUGACACCUAUGGCACUGGCAGACCUAUUUUCUGCCAUAAUUUAUUUAGCAUAUUUAAGUAGCCUGCAGGCUACUCAAAAUGUAGGCUGUAAUUGAAAACAAUACAGCAUUUUAAAUGGUGCCUCUUUGCAAGGACAGGCAAGAAAUUAGUCAUGUAGUCUAGGAAUUACCCAUAUUUUCUGUCUCUAUUUGAGGAGUAGCAUAAUUUGGGUGAGAGUCCAUGUUCUCCAUGCCGCUGUCCUUUUUAAAUUAAUACAUCCACUAUUGAGGAMGUUUUUAAAAUUAUUAUUAUUAUUAACGCUCUCUAAGGACUACAGUGACAGCUUCUCGACGUUGGGAUUUAGGUUUUGUACCUGUAUUCUUGCGCUGAUCUACACAUUUUCGUGCAUGAGGCACCGUUUCCAGGCCUUAUUCUUUGCUUUAAUUAUUUAUUUACGUGUAAACUGCAGUCUUGCUAUCAAAACAUUGAUGGUCGAUAAUUCCCAUCUCUGUUGAGGGCCGAACUAAAACACCUUAAUUUAUUUUCAUCUCAAAUUGGAGUAGGCUGGCACACAGUCAUUAUGGCUCGUCCACGGCCGCGGGAGUACAAGGCAGGAGAUUUGGUUUUUGCGAAGAUGAAGGGAUACCCACACUGGCCAGCGAGGAUUGAUGAACUUCCAGAGGGAGCUGUCAAGCCACCUGCUAAUAAAUAUCCCAUAUUUUUCUUUGGCACGCAUGAAACCGGCCUUCUGGGCCCCAGGGAUCUCCUACCAUACAAGGAGUACAAGGACAAGUUUGGCAAGUCCAACAAGAGGAAAGGUUUCAGAGGUCUGUGGGAGAUCGAGAACAACGCAGGGGUCAAAUUCACGGGUUCUCAGGCCAUCCAGCAGCAGAGCUUUUCCAAGACGGCGGGAGAAGGAGGAGACGUGGCAGACGGGAGCAGUGAAGGAGAGGAGAGAGAUUCCAUAGAGGAGGUGGAAGAUGACAAAGGCAAACUGAAGGAAGACAGGGCCGGGUCCAAACGGAAAAAGACCGCCUCCUCUAAGAAGUCGUCCAAGCUGUCRAGGAUCUCGUCUGGAGAGGAGGAUCUGGAGGACGGGAAAGAGGAGGAUCAGAAGAGRGGAUCGGAGGGGGGAGACCCCGAUAACGGCAUCAUCCAGAACACUGCCGACAGCAAGAACCAGUUGCUGAGAGAAGAACAUUAGGUGCUGUGGACACCUGCAGAGGGAAGGGAAGGUAUUCAUUGUUGCUGUCACGUGAUAUUGGAAUGGUCAAACUCCCAUAAUCACCACCUCUAGCACUAACUGUAAUGGGCGAUUCACGUCUAU